GAACUUACUGUGAAAAAUAUUUCAGAAAUGCAAAAACUUUUGUCAGAUUUUUUCCUAGGAACUAGGCCCUAUGCUUAAGCAUAUAUCGCCAAAUCCAUUUAAACUCAGGCAGGUUUCAGUGAAACAGCUGAGCAUUCUUCUAUUGAUGAUAGCGAUGUAUUCUAAAAGUUGUAGCACUAGUAAUUACCGUAACUCUAACUUAUUCAAGAAUAAGAUUAUGAAAAGUCAUGAUGAAUUUGACGUAAAAACCGUGUUACAGCAGUUUAAUACAUUUAAUAUAUCGCAUAUGAUUGAAGGUGAAAAUAAUACAGGAAUUAUUAGAAACUAUAAAAAUGAGUAUAGCACUGAGCAAUUUCGAUUAAAUGAUAAGAGAAAAUUAAACGAUCAUCACAAGCAACGUUGGGUUGAACUUAAGAAUUUGAAAAUUCAUAAUAAGUACACUGGUCAACAUACUAGAGAUGAAACAUUUCAAAUAUAUUCACUCGAAAGAUCAAAGAGAGAUAUAUAUAAUAAUUACAAGAUUAAUCAACAUAGUAGCUACGGAUCAGGAAAUCCAGGAUUUGGUGAUUUUAUUUCUAGCCUUACGGGACAAAUAGCCGGCAGUUUUGUAGAUCUCUCUUCUAGUGCUUUUAAAAAAUCAUCCAAUUCAAUGAAUCAUCAUCAACCUGUAAUAUUGUACAAUCCAUCAAUUCAGAAUGAAUUGUAUCGGAAGGAGUUUUCCUUCUGGGAUUUUAAACGAGCAGUGAUAAGUACGCUAAUUCAAGUAAUAAAAGCAAUCGGUGGCAGCAUUACAGCAUUAAAAGGUCAAUUAAUUAAAGGAAGUGGAUUUGUUGUAUCAUCAACAGGUCGUAUAAUCAGUAGUACUGGAAAUGUAAUAACUGAUUUAGGUACAAAAUUGGCAAGAAGUGCUAUUGUACAACCACCAUUAUCAAUAGAUUCCAUUUAUCAACAUUUUCCUCAUACCUAUCAGUUAUCUAACAUUCUUACUCAAACAGAUAACAUCUAUUCUGGACCUCCACCAAGUUCAGGAUCUUAUUACUCUACUUUUGGCUCUCCUACAGAUUUGGUAUAUUCGCAUGCUUAUCAUCAAUAGUGUGACCAGUUUCAAAGAUUUAACUGAAUUAAGGAAAAUGACGAAGUGUGUUAUAAAGUACGAAAUAAUAUCAAGAUUAAAAUAGAACACAAAACACUUACAUCAAUAGCUCGAUGAUAUCAUGCUGAACUUUUGUGAAAAUUAAACUGUUUCAACAUAUUAUGAAGACAUAUUGUGUUAUGUUA